CAUGGCUCCCACGUAUCAGGUGACAACGUGGGCAAAGCUGGAGCCAGCGAGCCGCCUCGGACGCAAACCCACCCAACAACACGAGGAGGAGCGGCACGCGGCAUGGCCAGCGACAGGGGGGCGACGGCGUGCGCGGAGGAGGACGAGGAGGAAGACUCGGCUGCGGCGGGAUACUACGACGACGAGCUGGGCUGUGAGGACGGAGUGUUGGGCUUCAGCGAUUCUCUGAAUGGAGAGGUGAAACCUCGUAUACUGUUGAUGGGCAUGAGGAGGAGUGGGAAGUCCUCCAUCCAGAAGGUGGUCUUCCAUAAAAUGUCGCCCAACGAGACCCUGUUCCUGGAGAGCACCAACAAAAUCUGCCGAGAGGACGUGUCCAGCAGCUCCUUCGUCAGCUUCCAGAUCUGGGACUUCCCUGGACAGAUUGACUUCUUCGACCCCACCUUUGACUAUGAAAUGAUAUUCAGAGGCACCGGAGCGCUAAUCUUUGUCAUCGACUCACAGGAAGACUACGUGGAGGCCCUGAGUAGGCUGCAUCUCACCGUGACCCGGGCCUACAAGGUCAACCCGGAGAUCAACUUUGAAGUGUUCAUCCACAAAGUGGACGGCCUGUCAGACGACAACAAGAUUGAGAAGCAGCGGGACAUUCAGAAACGGGCCAGCGAUGACCUCGCCGAUGCCGGCUUGGAACACAUACACCUGAGCUUCUACCUAACUAGUAUAUACGAUCACUCCAUAUUCGAGGCUUUCAGUAAAGUGGUCCAGAAGCUUAUUCCACAGCUGCCCACGCUGGAAAACCUGCUCAACAUCUUCAUAUCUAACUCGGGCAUUGAGAAGGCCUUCCUGUUCGACGUGGUCAGUAAGAUCUACAUCGCCACGGACAGCAGCCCAGUGGACAUGCAGACGUACGAGCUGUGUUGUGACAUGAUCGAUGUGGUCAUCGACAUCUCCUGCAUCUACGGCCUGACGGACAGUGAAGCUGGUUUACCCUACGACGAGGAGUCCAUGGCCAUCAUCCACUUGAACAACACCACGGUCAUGUACCUGAAGGAGGUCACCAAGUUCCUUGCGAUCGUCUGCUUCGUCCGUAAUGAAAGCUUUGAGAGAAAAGGACUGAUCGACUACAACUUCCACUGCUUCAAGAAAGCCAUCCAGGAGGUGUUUGAUGUUCGGGUGAAAGUUCAGCAGAACUGCAAACUUCUCAGUCAGAGGAGGUGGAGCAAGCUGAGUGCAACCAAUGGGUUGUCCAGUAACCCCCAAUAAGGGCCGAGCAUGUCACACCGGACAGACUCCGCCCUUGUUUACAGGAACGCGGGCCGUAUUGUGACACCUGACUGAACAUGUGAUGCUCUGCACGUUGGAGGUUUGAAUGUAUUUUGGUGGAAGAGGUGGGUGGAUUUUAACAUGGCUAUUACUCCACUGUGAUUACAUUCUGUCCGCCGUGCACUUGGGGGUCAUUUUUGUCCCCCACACAUAAUAUUUACUUGUGAGUGUGAAAGGUUGCUUGUCUCCAAUCCAGAGUUUGUCCUGUCUCCCGCAUGAAGUUUGCUGGGAUUGACUCCAGCCCCCCCUGUAUGAAGGACAAGCGGUUCGAAGAUGGAUGGAUGGGUGGAUUUGGUUAAAAUGCGUUCCCCAUUAUUAUUUCAUUCAGGGUUUUUUUCUAUUUUAGGCUUAGUCGAGUGAAUGUAGUUUGUGUUUUUAUUAAGGCCUUAUCAGAUUAACUUGUAAUAAAAGGACUUUAUUUAAAAUCC